UGGUUGGCUACAGUCAAACCGAAGGAAUGUUGUCACCAUGAUCGGCACCAAUCGGUCAGACUUUGUAUCGGUGGCUUUACUGUACGUGCACGUAUUUGAGUGAACAAAUGCCUUCUUAUAUGAUUGCAUUACAUACACGAUAUUUGAUACAUUGAUGGUGAGGAAAUGUUGUGUUUCAUUUAUGUCGAGCAAUCUAUCAUUAGAAUUCCGUCUAAUAAUUUUUGUAGGUGAUUUUAGUUGAAUGAUAGCUUCGGUUUAGCGAACACCGACACUUCGAGCGAGCUUGAAUAUAGAAAAAGAAACGGUUGUUCUUUGGUUUUGAAUUUUGUUUUAAGUGUACAAGCGCGCAUCUCACUGGAUCGAUUACGGAAAUGGUUGACGAAAGGACAUCUCUAUUCACCAAUUCGAGAAGUGAAACAUCAUAUGCGGUUCCAGGACGUUUUACACGCACCAAAUCCGAUCGCUUCAAUCGAUUGCAAUUCUGCAUUUGGACUUCAUUUCUAGCCGCGUUCAUUUUGGCGCUGGUCAUUACGAUAGCCGUUGUGGUAACGAGAAACAGUGAAGAUGAUACAAAUGAAGAAAAUAUGCAAAAUACAAAUCCAGCUCAGGCUGUGAAUUCUGCUGAAUUUUUCACCUUGAUGCAAUCAUUUCGUGGACCCAUUCCCGAUGAACAGCCGAUAAAUUGGACACUACCCAUACCGAGCGAUGAGGAGAUAAAACAAGCGCUAAACGACGGAAUGAUUGCACUUGGCAAUCGUGAGCUGUUUGAAGAAAACCUACAAGUUGUACCAGUCAAUACGCCAUCGUUUAGACAUCAACGAGCGGUUAGUACAACGGCUGAUGCAAGGAAACUUACGAAACGUGGUUAUAUCGAAGAUCAUGCCACAAAUUCCCUGGCCAAGCGAAAUGCAUACGAAAAACCAAAUGGACGUCAUAGCAUUGGCAAAGGGCCGGAAAUCAAAUUGGAAACGGCCAAAAGUGAGCGACAAAAAUGUGAUUUCAAUGCAAAAUAUCGUGUGCCAAAUGGAAGCUGCAACAAUAAACGGUGUCCAUUCGAAUGUGGUGUAGCUUAUACACCGUUUCGUAGAGCUUUGAAUCCAGACUACGCAGACGGAAUAUCCGCGCCCAGAGAAAGUCAUACGGCGAAUAAAUUGCCAUCGGCUAGAAAUGUAUCUCUAUCUGUACACAGACCAUCAUAUUCAAUUGAUCCGGAGUUUACCGUAAUGGUGGCGGUGUUUGGACAAUUUUUGGACCAUGAUUUGACUGCCACAGCUUUGAAUCAAGGUCAAGACAAUGAACCCAUCGACUGUUGUGCUGAAACGGGUGAUUUGCAUCCAGAGUGUUUCCCAGUGGUAUUGGGUCCAGGUGACCCAAAUUUCGAUUUAUAUAAUAUAACUUGUAUGAAUUUCGUGCGAUCGGCGCCGGCACCAACCGAUCGAUUUGGUCCAAGACAACAGCUCAAUCAAGCGAGUGCAUAUAUUGACGGGUCGGUUGUGUAUGGAUUCACUGAUGAAAAAGUCGAAUCACUACGACAACACAAAGGCGGUUUGCUACGAAUGUAUUAUACAUCGGACAAUCGAACUUUAUUGCCCGUAUCAACUGAUCCGCAGGAUGGAUGCAAUGAUGAAGAACAAAAUGCUAAAGGUCAAUACUGUUUUGAAUCGGGCGAUACACGAGCUAAUGAGAAUUUGCACUUGACUUCGAUGCAUCUCAUUUGGGCACGUCAUCACAACUAUAUUGCCAGCGAAUUGGAAAAAAGAAAUUCACAUUGGAGUGAUGAAAAAUUGUUCCAAGAAGCAAAACGAAUCGUUGCCGCCCAAUUACAACAUGUUACGUAUAAUGAAUUUUUGCCGGUGGUCUUAGGGCAAAGCUACAGCGAUAGAAUUGGUUUGACGUCAGAGCCCGAUUCGGAGAAAGAUACUUAUGAUGAAUCGAUUGAUGCUUCAAUUGCAAAUAUCUUUGCUGCAUGUGCUUUUCGCUUUGCACAUACUUUGAUACCCGGAGUAAUGAAUACGUCUAGAGACUUGGAUAAUCCCAACACAAUUGCCUUACACCAAAUGCUCUUCAAUCCGUAUUCAUUGUGGACAGCCGAAGGUUUGGAUAACGCAAUUGGAGCAGCGUCGGUGACGCCAUUAGCGCGAUCCGAUCAAUAUUUUACAACUGAAUUGACCGAAAAAUUGUUUACCGACCCAAAUGAUGUUGUGCAACCAACUGCAAAUCAACGAAACGUUUGCGGUUUGGAUUUGGUGUCGUUGAACAUUCAGAGAGGGCGAGAUCAUGGUCUGCCAGCAUAUCAUGAAUGGCGACGACAUUGUAAACUACCAUCCGUGGAUACGUGGGAAGAAAUGGCAUUUGCUGUUGAUAUUGAUUCACUGGAAACUAUAAGACGAAUUUUCGGAGAUGCAGAAAAUGUGGACGUUUACACUGGUGCACUGAGCGAACCGCCAAUGGAAGGUGCAAUCGUUGGACCACUGUUAUCCUGUAUAAUAACCGAUCAAUUUCUACGCUUGAAAAGAGGCGACUCUCACUGGUACGAACGCAGAAUUGGCCCACAGAGUUUUACACGAGAACAACAAGCACAAAUUUAUGGCACUACAUUGGCAGCGAUAAUAUGCCGAAACUCGGAUGCAGUUAAUACCGUCCAAAAGUGGGUAAUGAAGCGAAUCGAACGAGAUAAUCCGAUAGUUUCGUGCUCCGAAAUCGACACAUUCUCAUUGGACGCCUGGACGGAGGAGCCAUAUCGUAAAAGUUUCGUGUCUGUAGCAACAAACCCGAUGCAAACCUUCAUUAGAACGAUGGCAAAGAAUUAAUCAUAGGCGAAUCAAGUGUUGAUUCUUAGAAAAAUAACACACACAAUUCUUUUAUACCAAUUUUUCUAAACCUUUCCCUCAACUCGACUCGUAUCACGCAAUAAUUGAAAUUACGGAAAACAUUUAGUUUUGGGCACAUUCCGAAUGUGAACGAGAAGAAAAACGGUAAUUUAUGACAUACAUUUGUGUGAGUUGUUGUUUGAGAUUCAGCCGAUGUUUUUUUUUACAUUCCAAAUAAUAAUUAGAGUGUUUUUGAAUAACAGAGAAAAAAGUAAGAAUCACGAAAUAAAUUACAAUUCGAUAAAUAAAGUUUGUGUUACGGUUUUCUUAAAAUGGGGCAU